CGAAGAGUCUGGACCGAAGGUUCUGCUGACGUGGGAAGGGGAGGAGAGUCUGGAGGAAGGGGAGGGGAAAGCGGCGCAGAGAUCGCAGAGACGAAGGAGGCGCCCGCGGCUGCAGAGCUGCAGAGCGGGGUCUCUCCAGCUUCUGUUUCCGGGCACCGGGCGCGCCGCUGGGCCAGAGGACAGCGCAUCUUUUCGGCGUGGGCCGGCAGGGCCCCUGCGGUCGGCAAGCUGGCUCCCCGGGUGGCCACCGGGACCCCUGAGCCCAAUGGCGGGGGCGGCAGCAAAAUCGACAGCACUGUAGAGAUCACCCCCAGCCCCAACGGAGUCGGGCCCCUCGGAGAUGCUGUGCCCACGGAGCAGCGGCAGGGUGAGCGGGAGCGCGAACGCGAGCGGGAGGGGGAGGGCGACGCGGGCGGCGACGGGCUGGGCAGCAGCCUGUCGCUGGCCGUGCCCCCCGGCCCCCUCAGCUUCGAGGCGCUGCUCGCCCAGGUGGGGGCGCUGGGCGGCGGCCAGCAGCUGCAGCUCGGCCUCUGCUGCCUGCCCGUGCUCUUCGUGGCGCUGGGCAUGGCCUCGGACCCUAUCUUCACGCUGGCGCCCCCGCUGCAUUGCCACUACGGGGCCUUCGCCCCCAACGCCUCCGGCUGGGAGCAGCCCCCCAACGCCAGCGGCGUCAGCGUCGCCAGCGCCGCCCUAGCAGCCAGCGCCGCCAGCCGCAUCGCCACCAGUACGGACCCCUCAUGCAGCGGCUUCGCCCCGCCGGACUUCAACCACUGCCUCAAGGACUGGGACUAUAACGGCCUCCCCGUGCUCACCACCAACGCCAUCGGCCAGUGGGAUCUGGUGUGUGACCUAGGCUGGCAGGUGAUCCUGGAGCAGAUCCUCUUCAUCUUGGGCUUUGCCUCCGGCUACCUGUUCCUGGGCUACCCGGCAGACAGGUUUGGCCGCCGUGGGAUUGUGCUGCUAACCUUGGGACUGGUGGGCCCCUGUGGAGUGGGAGGGGCUGCUGCAGGCUCCUCCACAGGUGUCAUGGCCCUCCGAUUCCUCCUGGGCUUUCUGCUUGCUGGCGUUGACCUUGGUGUCUACCUGAUGCGCCUGGAGCUGUGCGACCCAACCCAGAGGCUUCGGGUGGCCCUGGCAGGGGAGUUGGUGGGGGUAGGGGGGCACUUCCUGUUCCUGGGCCUGGCCCUUGUCUCUAAGGACUGGCGAUUUCUGCAACGAAUGAUCACCGCUCCCUGCAUCCUCUUCCUGUUUUAUGGCUGGCCUGGCCUGUUUCUGGAGUCCGCGCGGUGGCUGAUAGUAAAGCGACAGAUUGAGGAGGCCCAGUCCGUGCUGAGGAUCCUGGCUGAGCGGAACCGGCCGCAUGGGCAGAUGCUGGGAGAGGAGGCCCAGGAGGCCCUGCAGGACCUGGAGAACACCUGCCCUCUCCCUGCAACAUCCACAUUUUCCUUCGCUUCCCUCCUCAACUACCGCAACAUCUGGAAAAAUCUGCUUAUCCUGGGCUUCACCAACUUUAUUGCCCACGCCAUUCGCCACUGCUACCAGCCUGUGGGAGGAGGAGGGAGCCCAUCGGACUUCUACCUGUGCUCCCUGCUGGCCAGCGGCACAGCAGCCCUGGCCUGCGUCUUCCUGGGGGUCACCGUGGACCGAUUUGGCCGCCGGGGCAUCCUGCUUCUCUUGAUGACCCUCACUGGCAUUGCGUCCCUGGUCCUGCUGGGCCUGUGGGAUUAUCUGAAUGAAGCCGCCAUCACCACCUUCUCCGUCCUUGGCCUUUUUUCCUCCCAAGCUGCUGGCAUCCUCAGCACCCUCCUUGCUGCUGAAGUCAUCCCUACCACUGUCCGGGGCCGAGGCCUGGGCCUGAUCAUGGCACUGGGGGCACUUGGCGGGCUGAGUGGCCCGGCCCAGCGCCUCCACAUGGGCCAUGGAGCCUUCCUGCAGCACGUGGUGCUGGCGGCCUGUGCUCUUCUCUGCAUCCUCAGCAUCAUGCUUCUGCCGGAAACCAAGCGCAAGCUCCUGCCCGAGGUGCUCCGGGACGGGGAGCUGUGCCGCCGGCCUUCCCUGCUGCGGCAGCCACCCCCUAACCGCUGUGACCAUGUCCCUCUGCUUGCCACCCCCAACCCUGCCCUCUGAGUGACCUCCGAGCACCCUGGCAGGAGGCUGGCCCAUACAGAAAGGUGGCACGAGGCCCUGACAAGGAGAGCGGGAGGACUGAGGAAGUCAGGGCUGCCCCGAAGGCUCAGAGGCACCUCACGCCAGUCAUCGAGGAGAGCUCAGAGGGCUGCCCUCACCCCCAUCUCCUCCCUGCUGCUUUGUGUUCACUUCCUUGGCAAGAGUCAGGGGACAGGGAGAGAGCUCCACACUGUAACCACCCGGUCUGGGCUCCAUUCUGUGCCCAAAGACAUCCUCCCAGACCUCAUUCUUUCUUGCUCUAUCAUUCUGUUUCAAUAAAGACAUUUUGAAUAAA